AUGCCAGCACCGCCGCCCAAACCCGUCCGCCGACCUCUCGACCUGCCCGGCCUGGGAAAGACGUCGCACGCCCGCCAGGCCUUUGUCAUAUCUUGGGUAUCGGUCACGCUUUCGGUCGUUGCGGCGGCGGUCGGCAUCUGGCUCUCCAUCGUAGAGGGCUCGCUCGUAGAUGCGGAAUCGGAGGGCGAGCUCGAGCGGCGAGAGAAGCGGGCGUCGGUCGGCAUCGCCGCGCUCUUUGUGGUGCUCGCCUUUGUGGUUGGCGGGAUGGCGAUCGAGCACCUGCAGCACGAGCACGAGGAGGAGGGCGAGCCCGGGGAGGCACUUCUCUACCUCUCCAUACCCGGCUUCGUGGCGUCGCUCGGCCUGCUGCUGUUUGGGCUGCACGACCUCUGGAACAACGCGGCGAAGGGCCACAGCUGGUGGAGAGCGCGCUUCUGGGGCACUCCAGCCUAG